AUGUACGAAGAGAUUGACAGCCUGAAAUCCCUUUACGACCGUGCCGGGAAGACUUUCUCCGGCGGUCCUUCUGCGGCACAGGAUGUGCCGCGUCGUACUGCUCAACCAGACCCAGUAAGUCGAUCAUCAGUUGGGAGCGGGGCUCCCAAGAAUCCCAGGACGGGGGAUAGCCGCGCCACCGGACGAGAUAACUCGUCCGACGUCCGUUCACGUCGCGGUGGUUCAACAGCUGCUCAACUAGAUAGCGCUGGCCACCGCGAGAGUUCUCUAAUGGAGGUGGAGGAGGAGGAAAGACGCUCUCCACGCGAUCAUGUGGAUCGGUGUGUUCCCGAGAGCUUCUUUGAUCGCGUAACGCAAGGGUUACGCGGCGAUCUCGAGCAUGAGCGGAAUAGGCGUCUCCAAAUGGCGGACACUGUCUUGAAGCAUCGAGCUGAGUUUGCCUUUUCUCAGCUUGAGAACGAGAGAGCUCUGACGUCUCUGCGUGAUGAGCUAAGGGUAGCUCGUGGGAAUGUUGAUCGGUCUCGGGCUGAGAUAACCGCUCUUCAGACCCUUGUCGAUGCCCACCAUUGGGAGCACAAGACUCUCUGCGAGAUGCUUGAGCGCAAGGGCGUUCUUCAUCGGAAGAAACAGCGUACUGAUGGUACGGCUUAA